AUGAGCCAGAUCCGCAAACUCAAAAGGGAUCCGGUCGCAAUGUGGAAUAAACUCGAGUCUAUUCACAAUGCAAAGACAUCAGCAACCCGCUUCAAUGCGCUUGAGGCAUUCUUCACCAAGACGAAGACCGAAGGAGAGCCUUUGGCGUCGAUCACAGCCGCCACCAAUGCCCUCGAGGAGCAAUUUAGAUCACUAUGGACGACAAAUUACGAUGUAGACGCACUACUAAACGACCUCGCUAUGAUGUCGAGCCUCCGCAUGAUCCCGCCUGAAUCGAUUCACAUGCAGCUCGUCAACGAGGACAAUCAGCAGCGCAGGAACUCGCAGCCAGCCAUCGCACUCCGCAGCCACUUCCCAGCCCAUUGCUUAUCGCCCACGGCCGCUGAACGCACGCCAGUGCUGGUCGAAGCUGAAGCGACUCGUCGCAAGCAAGAGGCCGCACGUGUUGCCAGCACUACAGACGGAUCAACUACUGUACCAAAUGCUCAUGCCGCUCAUGCAAGGGCCCUCCCCUUACCACCUACGGCUAGAUCUGACCUGAACGCCGACACAGGGGCUACUCGGACAAUGAUAAGUGACGAAAGUUACUUUACCAUGCUCCACCCCUUGGUCAGGUCGAUCAAACUGGCCAAUGGUGAAAGGAUCUUCUCCACUGGAGAAGGGGACGUUGUGUUUCAGCCGUGGAUAGAUGGUUACUUUAGUUCUGAUCUCGUUACUUUCCCUAAUGUCCUCGUUGCUCCCGACUUACAAUCGAAUCUCGUCUCAGUUCUCUCAAUGGCACGCAAAGAAGGAUAUGACAUUCGCAUUAAUUCGAAACAAAUGGAGUUCUACCUUGAUGUUAAACUCCGAAUGACAGCUCGUAUUGAUGACAACUGCGUUGCUUACCUCAACGGACGAGUUCUCACGUCGGAGCAGGCACAUAUCGCGAGUACACUCAAGCUGGACCGAGAGCUGUGGCAUCGCCGCCUUGGUCACUUUCACCAGGACGGAGUCGACAUAUUAAUCCGCCAUAAUCUGGUCAACGGGCUCAAGCUGGACUCAAAUGCAAAGCCAGACCCUAUAUGCGCCCCGUGUAUUGCGGGCAAGCAAACCGAGCACCCCAUACAACGCCAGCGACUCACGCCACCACUCCAUUAG